AUGGAGCAUAAAUCCUCCAAAGAAAGCACGGUACUGUCCGCAUUCGAGUCUGUCAUACAGACCGCAGGAGCUAAUAUAAGUGAUGGGGAUUUUUCGGCUCAGGGGAGGACGCAGCAGUGGCCAUGCUUCCCGAUAUCAGACUUUCUCGGGGAACAAAUCUUGGCAGUUUUGCAUAAGAUACUACAACGGCUCGAUGUGCAGCAGGAAGUGUUGCAACAGCUUGCAGCGUCUGGGUCCCCGCCAGAAACGGCAGCGAGGCCUGCGGAGCUACGGGCGGCGCCGGCCGUUCCGGCCGCGCUGUUGACCGCGGGGCCAGCGGCCGCGCCGCCGGAGCUGGGACCAGUCGAGUCGCUGGCGCCGGGCUCGUCCGCGGAGCUACGGGCAGCACCGGCCGUUCUGGGCGCACGUCAGACUGCGGAGCCGGCGGGCCCGCAGCCGGGAUGGGCUGCGCUGCCGGGGCCAGUCGAGCCGCCGGAGCUCGGCUCGUCUGCGGAGCCGGGCGCGGGGCUGGAGGAUUCGGAGCCCGCGCGAGGUGCCUCAGCCGCUGUUCCGGCCCCUGCUGCUCCACCCCCCGAGGUCCUGGCUGCCGCUGCUCCAGCCUCCGCUGCCUUAGCCGCUGUUCCAGCCUCCGCUGCUCCGCCCUCUGCAGCCCUAGCCGCUGACGUCACCACUCCGCCCGCUGGCUCAGAGUUGGUACGCCAGUCUCCUGGGAGAUCAUCCAGCACACCCUUGGAGAAUGAUGCAAGGAGCGUUACCAUGGAAACGCCUGCUCUGCGGCAGGACUCCGGGGCGGCGCUCAGAUACUGGGGUACGAUGGCUACCUGCAAGAUGCAUUCGUCCUGACCUGUGGCACCAGAAGCAGAACAUGCAACCUCCAAGGCAACCUUCAAAUGAUGACCAGAAUGCAGAUCAUUCCAACAGUGAAAGUUACCUUUUUGGGAGGAAAAAAACCCUGAAAUAAAAGGAGUGUUGAAAACA